UUUAUUAUUAUUAUUAUUUUUUUCCUCCCCCCCCUCUCCCCCUCCUCCGCCAUGAGUUCUUACGUCGCCAAUUCGUUUUAUAAGCAAAGUCCCCACGUUGCUGCCUAUGCCAUGCAAAGUUAUGGAAAUUAUGGAAGUGUGCCUGAGGUUCAGCCAUCCAGGUGCUGCUACAGCGGCGUGGAUCUGAGCAUCACCUUCCCCUCCUCCGGGGCUUCCAACCCUGAGAGCGGCGUGGAUAUGUCUACAACCCCCAGGUCUCACCCCGAUCGACCUUCCUGCACGGUCAUGGGUUCGUCGGGCCAUCUUUUAAACGAACCCCCACCUUUAAACCCAGGAAUUUACAGUCAGAAGACAACGAACGCAACAACGUUGGAAGAGAGAUCGAAAAGCUCGGCAGAAAUCAAAGCUGAGCCCGUGCAAACGACACAACAAGGAGGAGCACAAGUGCAGCAGCAACGGCCACCUCCACAAAUAUACCCGUGGAUGACCAAACUACACAUGAGCCAUGAAACGGAUGGCAAACGGUCCCGAACCAGCUACACCCGCUACCAAACUCUGGAACUGGAGAAAGAAUUCCAUUUUAACAGAUACCUCACCCGGCGGAGGCGCAUUGAGAUCGCCAACAACCUGUGCUUGAACGAGAGACAAAUCAAAAUCUGGUUUCAGAACCGGAGGAUGAAAUGGAAGAAAGAUUCCAAGUUGAAAAGCAAAGAGGCUCUUUAGGGCUUUGGCUGGAGGUGGGGGUCCCGUUCUGUAAGCUGCCGUGGGGAAAACUCUGAUUUUGGGGGUGGGAGGGAGGGGGAUGCUGCAUGGCCGCAGGUCCGUACCCUCUCCGACCCGUCAGACAAAGGAGAGCUCUUAUUAGCGAUGCGAAAAGCCGCUCUUAGCUUCACGCAGAAAUGUAGUGUUUCGCUCUUUAGGUUGUUAAUAAGUGUCCGAACCUGUGCGCUCUGUUGGGGGGGUGGGGGGGGUGUGGGAAUCGCCUUGAGGUUGCUCGGAAAAAAUGUUUAAAAAGAGGGAAUGACAAAAAAAAAAUCCUCAAAAAAUACACACACACACACAGGAAAAAAAAAAGAAGGGUUUAAAAGAGGUCCGCGGGUUGGUUGGGACGCGGUGGUGUAAAAAUGGAGCUGAAAAUGGCGAAACGGCUCUGAAAAUCGCGAAACCGCUCUGAAAAUCGCGAUGUCCGUAGUCGGAGGGAAGUGGGGGGGAAUAUAGAUAUCUAUCUAUAUAUAAAAUGAUAACCGUAAUAAAAUCGAGAGCUGUUGAGGAAAGGACAAAAAGCCCGACGCCGAGCUGCUGCCCCGGCCUCCUGCUCGCCCUCUGCUCGCCCUUCUAUGGGGAGGAAGCGGCCGGGCUGUGCUAUGGGUCGCACUGUGGGGGGGGGGGGGGGAGUGCGAGCCCCCAUCUGCUCGCUAGGCUCAGAAAUCCCCCCUCUCUUCUUCUCCUCGCUCCUCCUGCAGUCGGGUUGGGACGCGUCCCAAUGGCACAACAUCGCGUUCGUCCCCAAACCCCGCAGUGCCCCGCAUUGAGCCGGGGUGGGGGCUGUGUGUGUGUGUAUGUGUG